GGUCUCCCGGCCCAUCAGUGCAAUGGCUGCAGCAAGUCCCAGCGUCUUCCUGCUCAUGAUCACCGGGCAGGUAGAGAGCGCACAGGUAAGCAGUCGUGGACUCCGCCCGGGGACGGCCUGUUUCUCUCCCCGGGCUCUUCGCUCAGCUCCUAGAAAGCCAAGAUGCUCUGAGCAUCUCAAAUAAAUGGAAAGGAGAAGCAGCAUUUGAGAACCUUGGCUCCAGGUAGAUGAACCGGACAAGCUUGAGUGAAAACAGACCUCGAGGCGUUCAGCUGGUACCACUUGGAUCCUGUUUACUUGGUUGAGUGGUGGCCUAGGACUAAUGGGACUGAAGACUCAGCUGAUCCAUUUAACAGCUGGGAACUUACCGGAAGGCAGUGGCCAAGUUUCCAGAGUAUGAUGACCUCUACUGCAAGUACUGCUUUGUGUAUGGCCAGGACUGGGCCCCAACAGCGGCACAAAAGGACCAUCCCCAUGUUUGUGCCAGAGUCUACAUCUACACUACAGAAGUUCACAAGCUGGUUCAUGGGACGGCGACCCGAGUACACAGACCCCAAGGUGGUGGCCCAGGGUGAAGGCCGGGAAGUGACUCGUGUUCGCUCUCAGGGAUUUGUUACCCUCCUCUUCAAUGUGGUGACCAAGGACAUGAAGAAGCUGGGCUAUGAUACUGGGCCUGUGGACACACAAGGAGUCCUGGGUCCUAGCCUGCCACAGGGCAACCCACAAUAAAAAUCAGCCCUUCUGUCCGCCACUGUGGACCAGAUGCCCUACAGCCCACACACAGCCAAGGACAUGCCAACCAGGCUGGGAAACAGGGGAGCUAAAGGUAGUUUUAUAUAAUAAAGUGUCACAUGUUUUUCAGAG